AAUAGCAACAGUUUUUGCACUAUGUGAGGCACGUUCUGCCUCUCUCUAUAAAGCAAUGUGGGAGAAAAUUGUUUCACUUGCACCUGGUUUGAAUAAAAAUCUAAAAUUUAUCAUGGCGGAUUAUGAGAAUGCGGCGAUAUCAGCAAUGAGCGAGCAAUUCCCAAUGGUUACUAUCCAUGGUUGCUGGUUUCAUUAUUCACAGGCUCUUGUAAGAAAAUGGCGACGAUUAGGUUUAGCCGAUGCACCUAGUGAAUUAUUAUCUAUGGCAAAAACAAUGGCUUUGGCGCCAAGUGACUUGUUUGAAGAAUCAUUAAAUGUUAUGCAAAGAAUUUCUAGUACCUUAACAAAUGAAUACCCAGCAAUUGCUGAUUUUAUGCAGUAUGUUAAAAAUACAUGGUUACCAAUUGCAUCUAAAGUCUCAGUAUACGGAUGUCCUAACCGUACAAACAAUUUGGUUGAAAGUUUUUAUGGAAGUAUUUCCAAACAGCUAGGACCUACUUCUCCAAAUCUGUGGAGAUUUUUAG